UACAUGUACCCUUUCCCUCUGAUCUACCAAGAACCAUUGACGCUGCUGCAUCAUCCCAGGACUAUCCAUCCCUGGCGACCCGUACCUCGUACCCGUAUACCUGUGUGAUAACCACAUUCCUUUUAUCGUCGCGACUUUGAGAAUAGCUUUCCAUUUGACUAAAUUAAUCAAUUCAUUUUAAAUUCUAACCAUCAUACUCUUGGCUUUAACCCCUAUAAUCGAACAAUUACCAUCCUAAAGGCGAAUUAAUACCCUCUUUACGCUCACUCGAUUGCUGCCAUAGCUCUAGCUCUAGCUCUCAUCUUACCAUUUCCAUAUCGUCAUCGCGGACAUUGACCAUCUCGACUUGUGAUAAUCUCCCUCCCCUAUUUUCUGGGGCUACUUACCAUCAAUUCCUCGUGAGAUGACAACGACGAUGCGGUCCUUUACAUGAGACCUCUCCUUCAAUUGGAAGGAGUGUCACCAUGCCGUCUGAAGGAGUACUAAGUAAUAUUCGAGUCUUCGUAACAUGGGAUGAUCAGACUGUCUUUGCCGGCGAGGAUAUCAAGUGCCGCAUAACAUUCAAGAAUAUUGCACCCGGUCCGAACGAGGCGAGAUCACCGAGCCGACACCCACAAUCCCAACUUCACCCCGUCGAACGAUCGAGGCAACCCUCGCCUUUACUGAGUCCGAGAACGAAACCUAACAAUGGGUUGACACCCCCGGUAUCCGCGCGAGGGCAUCGCUCUACCUUAUCCUUAACCGUCCCGUCGAGUAGUUCGCGCUUAAGGGGGCCACCACAACAAUGGACCCCAACACAAUCACAACCGCCACGAUCUGGCCACGCGCAUAAGCGAUCACUUUCCAUAGUGUCGAUAGGUUCGGCAGCAACUAUUGAAGAGCAAUCAAAAGGGAAUACAACGCCUGGUCGACCUCCGAGGCCUCCCCGUGGCCAUGGAAGAUCUGCUAGUCUACAGAUAUCACCUAGGGGCGGAUUUAUAAAUGGUCCACAAUCAGCGGCCCUGCCUAGCAGGCGACCUUUUGGUUCUGAUACCUCUCCUUUAUAUAACUCCUUCCCGCCAACGAAACAUGGCUUCGGUCGUUCAUCCGGGGCCUCGACCACGCCGAAUACGCCCGGCUAUGUUGAAUCGCAAUCGCCAAGAAGAAGCCCAGGGCCAAUACCAGAUUUCAAAUUCCCUAUGGCCCCACCACGCCAACCUGUAGAUGUUCCUAGUAUCUCGCCAACCACACAGCCGAUCGACUACUUGACGGCACCGUUGUCAGGGAUGGGUACAGGAGGCGUGGUUUUACCCGUACGUUCGAGAGAUUCAAUACCUACCAUUACCGAACAAGUGGCCCCCGCGGCACGGAUAUUAUCUGCGGCGAGUAUUGCCGGUGGAACUCCUAGGAGUAGUGGCGAGUUCUAUUCACUGAGCAAUAAUUCGUCUGAGACGCUAGCAUCAGAAUAUGUCACACAACCGUUACAUGGGGGGCGAAGGCCUGCUCAUUUACGGCGAAGCUCUGGUCUUUCUAUGAUAGCCCAGGCGCGGUUACCAGAACCAUUGAUGAUGGGCUAUGCACAAGUUCAGGGCUCGUUUACGUUAGAUGGAUCACUGAUUAACCUGGGUCCUUUCGAAGCAGUGAAACGAAAAGCCGUGCUAGGAGGCCAAGGAGGUGGCGUUAUUGGCGUCGAGAGCUCGAGAAGGACCAGUGGCCUCUUGAAUGGUUUUGGCUGGGGGAAUCUUGGCAGUUCUAUUGGAGAACUGCUUGGUGGUGGAGAACUCAGCAGUAUCAAGCAGAUGCGAGGCGUUGCGAGCUCCAAAUCUAUUCCCCUUUUAUCGACGCCACAGUCGAUAUUAUUCGUAGAUUUACAACUCUCCCCUGGUGAGAGUCGGACUUACGAAUACUCCUUUAAAUUACCGAAAGGUCUACCUCCGACACAUAGGGGGAAGGCAAUAAAAAUUUCAUAUAGCUUGGUAAUUGGUACCCAACGGCCUGGUGGUACCAAGGAACAACAAGUGCGAUCCGUCGAAAUACCCUUCCGCGUUCUCGGAAGCGUUAACAGUCACGGCGAGAUUCUUGGUCACGACCUACUUUCACCCUACAUUAUCCUUCGUGACCUUGCGAAGGUACAAUCCCUCGAUAAAUCAUUCUCUACGCACAUCUCUACUAAGAGAGGCAAACCUGACCGACCCGAAUCCACAUAUAAUGGGUUCCUCUCAUAUGUUGAGGAACUCCUCGACCGACCCCGCCAAGGCCUCGGUCUCCUAUCUCCGACAGCCACAGCCCCACAAUCACGUCGUACCUCUGCUUUUGAGGAAUCAGCUUCGGCGAAAGACGCCAUUGAUUUGGCUAUUCUCCGAUCAAACCUUUCCUCCGAAUCCGGCCAAAGUAGUAACCGCUUUGAGAUCGCUCGAAAUGGUCGGCGCGUCGGUGUAGUAAUGCUGGCUCGACCAGCGUACAAACUAGGCGAAUCAGUCAGCAUGGCUAUCGAUUUCACUGGCGCCGAAAUUCCGUGUUAUGCCGUACAUGCAGCCCUCGAGACUGCCGAGCGUGUUGAACCGACGCUAGCCUUGAGGAGCGAAGCAAGUGUACACCGUGUUACACGAAAGGUCUACGGUAGCUCUAGCGAAGCCACCCUCUUCGCUCGCCGCGUCGUAUUCAACCCAUCGAUCCCAAUCAGCGCUACCCCUGAGUUCGUCACCAGCGGGUUGAGUCUAGAGUGGAAGAUCCGCAUCGAAUUCGUCGUACCCUCAUUCGCGAGCGACGAGAGCGGACUCGGUAUUCCAGGGAUUGGUGGUCCUGGGAUGGAGUCGAAUGGUGGACACCCCUUACUCGAGGAGAUAUCGCGAGAUGAACGAGGAGGUUUGGUACUAGUCGCCGCGGAAAACCUUGAAUGCGAGAGUUUUGAGGUUGCGGUCCCAUUAAGGGUUUAUGGUGCGGUAUGUAAUGGGCUGGAGAGGUUGGAGAGGGAUGAUGCUAUGGAGGAAGGGUUGGUGGUUUAGACUAGUUGAAUGAGUAAAGGGGGUGGCUGAAGGGAGAUGAAAGAACCAUGACACGUAUAAAACUUACCAGGUACCUAUGAUCUGUGCAUCCGUAUAAUGGAUUUACAUACGGAUAAGAAAAAAGAAGGCAAAAAGUCUAGCAUGAAGAUGGGCGGGCAAUCAAGCCAAAAGCAAUCUUAAGAAACGAGCAAGUGUUAGAAUAUGGGAAUAGCGAGGCUAGAAAGAAAGUAGAUGAAAAGGAGUUUCUGCGCGGGAAACGUCUUUGGUUGGAUAGAUGUGUAUGUAUGUAUGUACGUAUGUAACCAUAGCUGUUUAAGUGAAGACGGGGAGUUGUGGCAUCCAUAUAUCCUUCAUGUCGAGCUGAGUGAGGCCGACUUAGAAUUUUGUCACUUUCACCAAUGUGUAAAUUUCCAACGUCCAU